AUCACUAAAAUGUAUAUUAUUGUUGAAAAAUACCACUUCAAAAUUGACUGUCCUUACUAAUAUUUAUAAUAUGAUUUUUCCGGAUGUUAAGCAUGCAAGUCAUAAAUCACGCGCAUAUUUCAGAAAAAAAUAACCGGAAAAAUUUGUUGAAUAUGUACAGACUGUAUACCGGUGAUGGUAUAACGAAACAAUGCAAUGCAUUUUAAUAUGUUGACUAUAUUAUAUUAAAGUGUUGACACUGGGAUUGAACGAAUAUGUCAUGCUGGUAUCUGAAUAAAUAUUCAAAGGACAUACAGGAGUCCUCUAUUCCAGCCUACGGUUUCUUCGCCUUUGGGGUGAUAGGAAAUGUGCUUGCUCUUUGCACAAUUUGCAUGAACCGCCAGCAACAUCAAUGGCGCUCCUUCUACAUCUUUUUCUUGGCUCUGGCGAUGUCCGACUGUGUGAACCAAGUGUCAGUGUUCCCGUUUGAGGUGUUAAGUUAUGGAUCUCAUUUUACGCACAGAAUUUCAAAAGCCGAAUGCAAUUUCAUGUCUUUCUCUUACGCCUUUACCCAAAUUUCCUCUGGGCUUAUAAUUGCCGGAAUCACAACAGAUCAGCAUAUAUCACAGAUCAUGGGCCGUCAAUUGGAUACAAUGGAUGGAAAUCGCCGAAUCUAUGUUUUUGCUCUCUUUGCGUUGUUUGUUGUUGCGGCAUUUGUGUCGUCUAUUCAUUUAAUCUUUGGAGAUAGUGAAAUUUUUUAUCCGAGAUCUUGGUGCUUCAUCGAAGUAUCGGGGAGAGAUUUUGGAAGCAGCGCCACUGCUUUAGUGUAUUCACUUACUGGAAUCCUAACUCUUAUUUACACGGCUUUUUUACAUCUAUACAUUAUGUGCAAGUCAAACAGGGACCCAGAGCUCCGUGGGCAUCUUGUGGACACCGACAGAAUCACGGGAUAUUACGAUAUUCACGUUAACAUUUUCUUGAUGACGUCUUUGACUUUUUAUGUUUUGUGUUGGGGACCAUUUCUGGUGGACAUUUUGUUACGAUCAGUCAACGCUGUCACUAGCUGCACAGGAAGACUGGAACUGUGGCUGGUCAGGCUUGUUGACUUCAAGUCCAACCUCAACCCAAUUUCAAAAGGCGAAUGUAAAUUCAUUUCUUUCUCGUACGCUUUUACUCAGAUUUCUUCCGGUCUCAUUAUUGCUGGAACAACAACCGACCAGCACAUACAUGUAUUUCGUUUCAAAAGCCGCCGACUGGAUCCAAAGGUGGGAAGUCGCAGAAUUUAUGUCCUUGCUCUCUGCGCCAUGUGGACAGUUGCGGCAUUUGUAUCGUCUAUUCACCUAAUCAUAGGAAAGAGUGAAAUUUUUUAUCCGGGAUCUUGGUGCUUCAUUGACGUAUCAAGCAAAGAUCUUGGAAGCAGCGCCAGUGCUUUAGUGUAUUCACUUACUGGAAUCCUAACUCUUAUUUACACGGCGUCCUUACAUCUAUACAUCAUGUGUAGGUCACACAGAGACCCAGAGCUCCGCGGCCAUCUUGUGGACACCGACAGAAUCACGGGAUAUUACGAUAUUCACGUCAACAUUUUCUUGAUGACGUCGGUGUGUAUGUAUGUUUUGUGCUGGGGUCCAUUUUUGAUAGAUAUAUUAUUACGAAAAGUCAAUGCAAUAACAGUUUGCCCAGGAAGACUGGAACUGUGGCUGGCACAUCUAGUUGACCUUAAGUCUAACCUCAACCCGUGGCUCUAUGUCAUACUUCGAAAGGAAAAUCUGAGGAGAAUCGUCCGGAAGUUCAGAUCUUGCCGUGCUGGAAACAUUCAGGACGGGGAAGGUACUGGGGAAAACGACCGAUUGUUCCGAGAUGGUCUUAUUUGACGUAAGUUAAGGAAGAAAUGGCCCCCUAGACCCGUAUGCAAAUACUUAACACCGAAUCUCAUCUAAUUAAAAUUGAAACUCUAAUUUAUAAAUACAUGUAAGAACAUUAUUGUCGAUAGAAUGAUUUGUGUGUGUGUGUGUGUGUGU